AGAUGUGAACACAUUUUGGGAAAAGAUUAGCAUGAUUAUCUUGGAUUCUGAACUAGCAAUGGAUAUCAAGUAUUCUUCUGCAGUCCCAGGACUUGCUCAGUAUCUCCAGAGCAUCACCAGGCUCUUCACAUCUAUGUGUUCAGUGACUGCAGAACCUAGAUUUGCGAACCGGAAUUUACUUACUAAAAAUAAUAUACUGAAUCCAUGUUUGUCAGUUGAAUACCUGCUGCAUUCAGACUUUUAUGAAGUACGUUUAUUGGUCUUAGAAACAAUCCUGCUAUGGUUGAAUCAAGUGAAUGCAAAACAUGUGAUGGAAGAAAGAGGAAACAUUCUGUUGAACCUACUGUCUGGCUUGGAGGAAACACUUAUUAAGAUAGCUAUUAAGGAAAAGCAUCCUGAAUGUUUUUGCAAGAUAUUAGAGGCUCUGUAUAAAAUGGACCUCAGAAAUGUGCUUGCGAAGACGGAAGAUGCUGUAAAAAUGAAUCAGAGAGAGUUCUUGCUUUGGAUUAUGAAUAUUGCAAAUACUUCUAGCAGCAUUGAAAUUCAAAGCAUAUCCCUUAAAUUUGCCUCAAAGUUACUCAUAUAUCUUGUACAAAACUGGCAGGAGGACUUGGAGUCAGAGAUAAAACAAUGGCUUGAAUUAAUUAGUUAUUGCUGUGAAGAUGAACAACAAACAGAUCUGAGAUUGGCUGCUGCAGAGAUUCUUGUGAGCACUACACCAUUUUUCCUGACUGAUCAGAAGCUUCUCUUGGGUCUGUCUGACACAUUGUUCCUUUGGAGAUGUGUUGUUCGGCUGUUGCAGAGUGAAGAGCAGAUAGUCAGGGAUACAGUUGCUGGAGUUAUAAGACUAGCUCUGUCUCAAGAAAAUGUAUUUAGGAAAACAGAACUUGAUUUCCAUGUAGUAAAUGCAGCCUUAGCUUUGGAUUUAGCGUUCUCCUUACUUUGUGAACUGCUACAGCUAUGGGGACAGACUGGUGCUGGAGUUUCAGUCUUACUAGAGUGGCUGUUAAAAGAAGAUGACUUGAAAGAUCUAAAGUCUACAAUUGCCAUGGGAAAUGACUACCUGUUUGACAAAGGACAAGCAAACUUUUGGGCUGAGAAGUUAACGGAGGUGCGUCAGCUCAGUAAACAUCUCCUUCUGCUCAUACCAGUGACUCAUGUUAGUCCAUGUGAGCAAAGAAAACUCUAUCAGUUGGCAAGGUUAGCAUCAGAUCAGGCCAAACUUGUGACACAGCUUCUUAAAGAAAUGCCUCCAACUCCAGAAUUUUCCCAGUCUGUAGAAUUUACAAAGUUAGCUAUUCAGAAUGAAAGAAUAUCACUUUGCCUUAAGAUGCUAAAUUUGCUUGAAGUUGGAAAUGGAACUGGCAAAAGUUAGGAAAAACUUGAAAUACAGCUUGUUCAUUGUCAGUUUCCAAAUGUAACUGCUUUGUGAACAUGAGAACGGGUGCAGUUAUUUUUGUGUUAUGCACAUAUAAAGAACUAUAGCUAGAAAAGUUAGAUAUCUCUUGUACAUAAAUCCGUUGAAUCUUCAAAGUAAUAGAAAAGGAUCAUUUCUGUGAAAAGAUGUAAUUUUCAUUCGGGACAAGAAAAAAUGUACAGCUACCGCAGGGAGUGAAACUGUUUAACUCGGUCUGCCCAGAUGCUGGCCACCUGCGAAGCUGAUUUUAUUCUGUAAGUUGUUCUUCCUGUUCUCAUGUGUAGAAAUAUGUCAGUUUGUAUUGCUUCUUUUAAUUGUGUACCACAAUCUAUGCACUAACAAUUGCAUCAGAGUUGUAAAAGAAUCCUAAAAUAAAGCUGAAUGCUAUCAGUAUCAAA